CCAGGGGAAAAUACACGUAAGGAAGGAGGAGGAAGCGGCUGCGAUGUGCGCGCGACGUCUUCUGGUCAUGGGAGAAGUUUUUGGGACGCUUCGAUUUCUUAAGAUCGCUUCGGUUUUAAUUUAAUUUAUUUAGGAUACACGAACUGGGGAAAAUAAAUGAACGCCGGAGUUAUUCGUGAAAUUGUAGCCCAUCUGGCAAACGACAGCCACACCUUCAUCAUCAGUGGAACAGGUGCUCUACACAACUGUCCAGAUGGGUUGCAGUUGCUGUAGGAUGAUAAAAAGCUACAUCUAUGACCCCUCGGUUCCUGUAGAUGUUCCUGGCCGAAAGCGGGAUCCCACCAGCAGCUCUCUGUAUCAGUCCCACAGAUUUCCAGAAGAGGCGGACCAUGUCCAGAAGAAGCAGGGCUUCCACAACCUUGGAUACAGCACCCACCCCAGCCCAACCAAACUCGACAUUGACAACAACCACAUAAACCGGCUCCAUGCCAAUAUUCCAGGCGAGCAGAUCCGGUCAACCCCAGCAGAGGGAGACCCGAGACUUUACAUCCUCCAGCCCGGGGAUGAGGAGACACAGGUAAAAGCCAUUUCUAGCAUCUGCGCAGACCCACCAAUACAGAACGAGUCUAUGCUAGGAACAGAACCAGGCAAGCGAGAAGAGAGAUUCCGGGACUCUGGGCUGGGCGGCGGAGGGAUAACAGACGGGACAGAGGGUUCGGAUGGGUAUCCCUAUGGACAAGAGGAGGAAGAUGAGGACGGGAAGAGCAGGCUGGCCAGGACUCCGGACACUGGCGAUGAGGAAAGUGUGCUGUCUGUGGACAUUCACACCAGCAGUACAAGCCUCUCCUCAGCAGACACAAAGCUCAUGAUAGAGGACAGAGAAGAGCAAGAGCCCUCAAUUUUGACAAGAGGGCAGAAGAAAGAGCUUGACAGUUUGAGCAUCACAGACUCAAUGGUGGCCGAAGCUUUGGCCGCACUGGACGCAGCAACAGCAGGAGAGGAUUCUGAAUGAUGACCAGGUGACACUGCUUAAAGGGAACACUGGGUGUUAAGACUUGUAUGCCUUAAUAUAAUGUAAAUGAUGACUCUUUGUCAAAUAGUAGAGAAAAAACACGACACAUAUUUACGUUAUUUAAAAAAAAAUACACCUUUACUUUGGACCAUGGGUGAUUAUGUAAUUUUUGAUUAUGUAAUCUGCUUUCUCACCCUUUACCAGGGGUGUUGCUAGACCCAGCCCCAGUAAAAAUCGGCAGUGCCCCAGUAAAUGCUUUGAGAUAUGAUUUACUUUAUAUUCAAGUGUAUUUAUCAAGAGUGGUAAUGCCAGAAUAAAGACGUUAUUCUCUGUGUGCAACCGAACCAACGCUGCUGAAAGCAAUGUAGUUUAAUCAAAAAGCAAACUGAGCAUGUGCGCAGAAAAUAAAACAUACCUGCGCGCCUCAUGCACUGCUCCUGCUUGAUGCUGAUGCGCUGCUCUGCUUCCGGUCCGGUUGUGAACAUGCACAGCGAAAAAUAGUCGCGCCGCUCAUGCGUUGUGAAACCGGCGUAACAAUCUUUUAUGUGGAGGUGUCGGCACGCAGUGAGUUUUGCAAGUCGACAAAAUAAAGUUUAACUAAUAUGAUGGUGAUCUUAUUUAGACCAAGCAUGGCUCCUGAUUGAAUUUUUUAGUAUGAAGCGAAACAGAGGGUUGAUGAGUCAGGCAGGUAAGACUUGAUAAACCAUGAGUCGGAUCUAAAACACACA